AAUUGUAUGUAAUAUAAUAAAGGUUAUUUUCAAUAUUCGUUUUUUUCUGAAGUCUUUGUUUACUCAAAUGUUUAUAUCAACAACUGGAGAUUUACAUAAAAACAAGUGAAUAAAACAACUGUACUUGAUAUCAGUUAAAUGAAAUAUAAUUUGCAUUUUUGCAUUCAAUACAAAACAUGUUUCUUUUUCUACUUUAUUUAAAUGCUGAGCGAACUAGUGUUUUAAUCAGCUUUCACAAUACAGCAGAAUAAGAAAUGAAGAAAACAACAAAAGAUUUGGCGCCUAUUGCUAUACCGCACGGUCCACCCGUGGAAUGUACGGCGGAAUAUUUUAAAUCGCUGAUGGAAAGCUCAAGCAUGGUAAAAAAAUAUCCGAUAUGGGACGUGGCGCGACCUACCCCUCAAGUGUUGAUGGAGCAAGCACGACGUGAUUUAAUGGAAGCAGAGGAAAAAUUGGCCAUCAAAAGAGAGGAAGAGAAAAAUAACAGAGCUGUGAUGAACGGCAAGUGGGAAGAAUUGCGCAGUAAGGAGACGCUACUCAAGGAGUCUUUUAUAAGUUUUAAUAAGUUUAUCCGUGAGAAUCAAGAAAAACGUGACCGCGCCGAAAGGAAAAUGACGGCUGAUGCUGAAGUCCUCGAACGGAAGACAAGAGAAACGGACGCUAUGAGACUGCGGGUCGCAGAAAUGACGGAAGUCAAGGAGUUGAUGGAGAAACAAGUCAAAGACUAUACGAUUUACGAGGAUUAUUUAAUGGCAGUGGUCCAUCAAUAUCCUGAAUUCAAGCAACCUUUAGACGUUUUGAACAGAUACGAAGCAUUGGCUGCAGCUAAAAGCACUCUAGCGGACCGUCAAGAGCGAGACCUGGAGAUGCUAGAGAAUGCUCGACAAGAAAUAGCAGCUUUAACUGAGGAGAAGAAGCUGUUUAUAAUGGGCUUAAAUAACACCCUGGCUAACUUGAGGUGGCGUUACGACAAAGUGAGAAGCCGAGUUAUAAAAUGGGAAUUGGCUUUGAAUCGACUGAAGGAGACCGCAGCCAGGCGUCACGUGGAGCUAAGCCACGUGCGGUCGGCUAUAUGGAGUCUGUACGUGAAGAUAUGCAAGCAGAAGGGUCUGGCGGUGGACGCCGGGUCUGAAGACUUUGAACAGCAGCUUGUCGUAAUCAUGAGAGCGCUGCUGGAGUUGAGGAAGAUUUACAAGAUCGCUCAACGAAGGUCUAAGGAGAAGGAUGCUGAAUCAACGUGA